AUGGUAGCCCCUGUAGACCACAACAACAGAGAGUCCCGUAGACCACAACAACAGAGUCCUCUAGACCACAACAACAGAGCCCUCGUGAACCACAACAACAGGCCUCGUAGACCACAACAACAGAGCCCUCAUAGACCACAACAACAGAGCCCUCAUAGACCACAAGAACAGAGCCCUCAUAGACCACAACAACAGAGCCCUCAUAGACCACAACAACAGAGCCCUCAUAGACCACAACAACAGAGCCCUCGUAGACCACAACAACAGAGCCCUCGUAGACCACAAGAACAGAGCCCUCGUAGACCACAAGAACAGAGCCCUCAUAGACCACAAGAACAGAGCCCUCAUAGACCACAAGAACAGAGCCCUCAUAGACCACAAGAACAGAGCCCUCAUAGACCACAAGAACAGAGCACUCAUAGACCACAAGAACAGAGUCUUCAUAGUCCACAAGAACAUAACUCUGGAGAAAAUAUUGAUGUAACUGUUAUUGAAAGGUCACACAUGAGUGAUGGGGAAGGAAGUGGUGUGGUUUAUUCUAAAAAUCAGCCAGUAGCCAACAAGAGCCUCUCAGAUUUAGAAGAUGAUAUUUCUAGUGCAAAAACUAAUGACAGAUCCAUGUCUCCGGUCGCUGUAACUCCCAGGCGAGAUGUGCAGGAUAGAAUACCCUAUUUGAAACCUGUCAAAUAUUUAGGCAUUAGGAAUUUUCUAGAGGGAAGUGGAGACUCAUUGUGUAGUAAUUCACCUGCUAGUGAUAAUGAAGGUGAAUCUCCAAGUCCUGAAAUGCAGCUUGAAGGAUGUUCAGUGUUAUUACAGAGGCUUCCCAGGAGUAAACUUAGAAGGACAGUUGUACAUAAAAACAAGAUGAAAGCUCUGUAUUGAACAGUGAACAAUUACUUUAAGUUAAUGGAUAUCUGUAAUUCAUAGACUGUAAUGAUUAUAUUGGGAAAGAAUUUAACUUUCUUUUCAUAUGAGUUUUUAUUAUAGUUAUUAGCCUUUAGGUUUAUUGUCAUUUCGUUGUAUGCAAAGAUCUUAAUCAUAGUGCUUAAUACAGACCUUUCCUUGUGUUGGACAAAUAAAUAUUACCAGUUUUAACCAACAACAACUCUCAUAACAAGUCUUUAAUGUUAGGACUGUCACCUCUAUUUACUCAUGCUGAAAGUCUUUACCUGCCUUCUCACUGUAUAAGCUGCCUUUCUGUUUAAAAAUCAAUUACCGGUAUAAAUACAGUACUGUAUCAUGAUAAAAGCUCCUCUGAUUCGACAACAGGAAUACACCAAUUAUCACAAAGGAUGAGUUCCUGAAAGUCAUUGCCUAUGAUGAAUUUGUAUAGUUUGGGACAUUUUUCUCCACAAGAAUCAAUUGGGGGGGGGGGGGUCAUUGUUGAGGUCA